AUGUCGCAAGCACACGCCCUCUCCGACGACCAGGUCGCCGGAGAGCUGAAGAAGAUGACGGCCUUUAUCCGCCAGGAGGCCAUGGAGAAGGCCAACGAAAUCCGCCUCAAGGCCGACGAGGAGUUCGCAAUCGAGAAGUCCAAGCUCGUCCGCCAAGAAACCGCGUCCAUCGACACGUCCUACGAGAAGAAGUUCAAGCAGGCCGCCAUGUCCCAGCAAAUCACCCGCUCCACCGUCUCCAACAAGUCGCGGUUACGGACCCUGAGUGCGAGGCAGGAGCUGCUCAACAGGCUGUUCGAGGACGCCAACAAGAAGCUGGGCGACGUGGCCAAGGACAAGAAGAAGUACCAGGACGUCAUGAAGAACCUGAUCCUUGAGGGCGCAUACGCACUGAACGAGGACAAGCUGCAGGUCAAGGUCAGGAAGGCGGACAACGACCUCACCAAGAAGGCCAUUGAGGAGGCACAGAAGGAGUACAAGAGCAAGGUCAACAAGGACGUUGCCAUCACCAUUGACGAGAGCGACCCGCUUCCCGAGGGAUCUGCUGGUGGUGCCAUGAUUGUUGGCACUGGCGGAAAGAUCGACAUCAACAACACCUUCGAGGAGCGUCUGAGGCUCCUCGAGACCCAAGCUCUGCCAUCCAUCCGAGUCACGCUCUUCGGCGAGAACGAGAACAGGAAGUUCCACGAUUGAGCGGACGACCUCGACUUUGUCGACAGUAGUAUCCUCACCGCGUCUGCACUCGACCACAGAUGUGAUACAGCGCGAGCGUCUGAGUUGUUCAUGCGAGCAGUAAUUCUUCGGGCUCGCGCAUAGAGCCUUCUCUUGUGCAAAGGCAUUGGGUGUAGAAUAUUUGGAAGAUUUAGCGAGUUUUAUACAAUCCAUCAUA